AGAAAGAGACCCGGUCCAUUUGAGCAGGUCUCAUCAGUGACGUGAGUUUGAUGCUGCGUCCUCCCUGCCUCCUCCUCCUCCUCUUCUUCCUCUUCCUCCAUCAUCUCUGAUAAACAGGCGGAGUCUCGAAGAGGAGGAGGAGGAGGAGGAAGCACAAACAGUCGAGUGACAGGGAGGAAACCACAGCUACAUCCUGUAAACAGGUUUACACUCAGACCCGAGUCUGAUAUGAACAGCAACCGGACUCUGGAUUAAACCUGGUCUAACCGAACCCCUUAUAUCCACGGAGACCCCAUCCCCUCCCUCUGAGGCUGACCCGGACAGUGACUCCGGGUGAUGGAGAAGCAGGCCUCCGGAGCUCCCGGGGGGUCGGACGGAGCGGGGCCGAACAGGAGGCCGUGGGGCUCGCCGACCUCCGGACCAGCAGGCGGAGAGACCCCGGACAGUCCGUCAGGUUCUCAUGUGGAGUGGGUGUAAACAGCUGAUCGCGUGCAACCAAUCUCCAGCCAGAUCUCAGGAUCAAUUACACCUGAUCACAUCAACAGAGACCACAAGGUCAGGAGGAGACAGGACUUCAUGGUGUCCAAGAGGCUCAAUCCCAGGGCAGGAUCUCUGGAUGAUUCUUACCUCGAGGACAGUGACUCUGAGCAUCCAGCCAACGCUUCGAGCCUUCCAGCUCUGAGGUACGGAGCGCAGGCGAAAAUGUUCCAGAACCAGGUUCCUCUGCUGCCCGGAGAGACCAUCCAGACCACAGUGAAGGACGUGGUCUACAUCUGUCCAUUCAGCGGCGUGGUUAACGGGACUCUGACCAUCACGGACUACACUUACUUCACCAGCGUGGACCGGGAGUUUAUACUGGAUGUUAAUCUGGGCGUGAUCAGCCGACACGAAAUCAGUGUCCCAAACCAGGGAGAGAACACCCAGGGACUGGAGCUCGUCUGCAAGGACAUGAGGAGUCCCCGGUUCGCCUAUAAGACGGAGGAAGGUCACCCUGACGUGGGGGAGCUUCUGUCACACACAUGCCUUCCCCCUCUCCAUAACCUGCCUCUGUUCGCCUUCCUGUACAAAGACCAGUUUCCUGUGGAUGGCUGGAAGGUGUACGACGCGGCAGCAGAGUACAGACGACAGGGACUCCCCAACGAGAGCUGGACCAUCAGUAAACUCAACAGCAACUACGAGCUGUGUGACACCUACCCUUCCACCCUCGUCAUCCCCACCAACAUCAGCGACGAAGACGUGCGCAGGGUCGCUACCUUCAGAGCCAAACACAGGAUACCGGUCUUGUCCUGGAUCCAUCCGGAGACUCAGGCCACCAUCGUGCGCUGCAGCCAGCUAGUCGGCCCAUCAGACCGUCGCUGUAAAGAGGACGAACAUUACCUGCAGAUCAUCAUGGAUGCCAACGCUCAGUCACACAAACUCAGCAUCUUCUACGCCCGGCAGAGCAGCGUGGCGCUCACCAAUAAGGCGAAGGACGGCGGUUUUGAGAGGACUUUCUACUCGAACGUGGAGCUGAACUUCCUGGAGAUCCCAAACAUCCACGUGAUCCGGGAAUCUCUUAGGAAGGUGAAGGACGUGGUUUACCCCACCAUCGAUGAAGCUCGCUGGCACUACGUGGACCAGACUCACUGGCUGGAGUACAUCCGGGUGCUGUUAGCGGGAGCUGUGAAGGUAGCAGAUAAGCUUGAGUCGGGGAAGACGUCGGUGGUGGUUCACUGCAGCGACGGCUGGGACAGGACGGCUCAGCUGACGUCCCUGAGCAUGCUCAUGCUCGACAGUCACUACCGCACCCUGCGAGGGUUUCAGGUGCUGCUGGAGAAGGAGUGGAUUAGCUUCGGACACAAGUUUGCAGCGCGUGUGGGUCACGGGGAUGAGAACCACGCUAACUCUGAGCGCUCGCCGCUCUUUGUGCAGUUCAUGACUUGUGUGGCAAUGACCCGACAGUUCCCAGCAGCCUUUGAGUUUAACGAGCUGUUCCUGAUCACGGUGACUGGAUCACCUGUACAGCCUGGUCUGUUUGGAACGUUCCUCUACCACAGUGAGCAGGAGAGAGCCAAUAAGGAGGUCCAGAGCCAAACAGUGUCUCUGUGGUCCUACAAUUAAUAGUUCGUCCCCCACAGUCAGCCUGAGGACUUCACCAACCCCUUUUAUGUGGGACUACCAAACCACGUCCUGUACCCACUGGUGUCCUCUAGACACCUGGAGCUGUGGAGCGUAUACGCCCGCUGGAACCCCCGCAUGAGACCACAGGUGCCUGUGCAUCAGAGUCUGAAGGAGCUGCUGAUUCCUCAGAGCAGCUGCAGGAGGAGGUUAGAGGAGCUGCAGAGAGAGGCCUCCUCACAUUCCCUGUCCUCCUCGUCUGUACCACUCCCCCUCCCCAACCACACACCACAGGAACUGCUCUACACACGCCGUAUGACACCACACACCACACAC